AUGCGCGUACUACUGCUGGCGCUAAGCGCCGUGCUCGCUGCCGCGCCCGCUGCCGAGCGCGAGGACAGGUGGAACGACCCCCUUGAGGAAGCCGCGCUGCAGCCACAGCUGAUGGCCGCAUUCGCGCGCAGUCGCCGCGACGCGCACUCGCUCAUCGGCACCUUCGAUAUCUCCAAUAUGUUUAAGAAGAAACCGCGGCCUAAAUCGGAAGCAAAUUCACACCCGAGCUCCUCGUCGCUUCGUGCUGCAGAUCCGCUCCCUGUGAUUCUGUCGCCACCUCCCAUUCGAUCCACAGGAACAGAGACUUCAAUGCGUCGAUCCCUCGUCACGUUGGCGACUACAAGGACGGAGCAACUUCGGAGUCCUGCGGUGACACCUUCAGCGAAUCAAUCUGCGGCAUCAGUUUUAAAGCGAAAAAAGUCAAGAAAACCGAAGAAUGCAUCGAAAUAUUCGAAAGGAACGCGUGCUACAGUGUCCAGGAGCGACGGAACUCGCGAAGUGGCGAACACGACGAGGCGAACCGCGCAUGUCGCCGCCGAUGGAGUCGUGUGGCCCGUGAAACACGCCGCCGUGGUCGAGGGAGACAUUGUUCUUGGAGGCCUCAUGAUGGUACACGGGCGGUCGGAGGGUGCGACGUGCGGGCCGGUGAUGGCGCAAGGCGGUGUGCAGGCGCUGGAGGUGAUGCUGUACACACUAGACGCGGCGCGCGCCGUGCUGCCGCGCGGCCUGACGCUCGGCGCGCACGUGCUCGACGAUUGCGACAAUGAUACUUACGGCCUCGAAAUGGCCCUCGAUUUCAUUAAAGGUUCAAUAAGUAACAUUGAUGACGCGGAAUACGCGUGCAACGCCACAGUAGUUCGAAAAGUGAUAUCGGGCGUAGUGGGUGCUGCAUCCUCCGUGACGUCGGUGCAAGUCGCUAAUCUACUACGGCUUUUUAAGAUCCCACAGGUGUCAUUCUUCUCGACGUCACCAGAGCUGUCGAACAAAGCACGAUUCGAGUACUUCACACGUACGAUACCAUCCGACCUGCACCAAGUGCGCGCUAUGGUGGAAAUCGUCAAGAGGCUUGGCUGGAGUUACGUGUCGGUCAUUUACGAGGAAUCUAACUACGGCAUAAAGGCUUUCGAAGAGUUGGAAACUCUGUUGGCGCGGAAUGACAUUUGUAUCGCGGUAAAGGAGCGGCUUGUGAAGGAUUCGGGGGAGGCAGAUGCUCACGCUUACGACGAACUCGUUUCGCGGCUGCUGACGAGACCACGCGCUCGCGGUGUAAUCGUGUUUGGGUCAGACCAGGAAGUGGCGGGCGUGAUGGAGGCAGUGACUAGGCGUGGUGCCACGCAUACCUUCGGCUGGGUGGGCAGCGACGGCUGGAGCGCGCGCGCUCUCGUAUCCGAAGGCCGUGAACGCGCUGUCGAAGGCACCAUCAGCGUGCAGCCACAAGCCAACCCUGUACGCGGCUUUACCGAAUACUUCCUCAACCUUACUGUUGAGAACAACCGCAGGAAUCCCUGGUUUGUCGAAUUCUGGGAAGACCAGUUCCGGUGCCGGUACCCGGGUAGUGCGCGUACGCCAUACAAUAACGCGUACAAACGCGCGUGUACGGGCCGCGAAAGACUUGCCGAUCAGAGCAUCAAGUUCGAGGCGCAACUGCAGUUCGUCGCCGACGCUGUUCUUGCCUUUGCAUAUGCGAUCCGAGAUAUGCACCACGAAUUAUGCGGGGAGGCGUCGGAUCUAUGUGAAGCCAUGAAGCCAAUAAACGGACCUACUUUGCUACGUUAUUUACGGCAAGUGCGUUUUAAAGGUUUGAGCGGAGACGAAUUCCACUUCGACGCUAACGGUGACGGUCCAGCAAGAUACAACAUCCUGCACUUCAAGCAAGUAGAGCCCGGCCAGUACCGAUGGUUGCGAGUUGGACGCUACCUGGACGGCGAGCUCGAGCUCGACAUGCAGCAGAUACAGUUCAAGCUGGAGUCACGUGAGCCACCUGACUCUGUGUGCAGCGCGGAGUGCGAGCUCGGGCAGGCCAAGCAGUACGUAGAGGGCGAGAGUUGCUGCUGGCACUGCUUCAACUGCACACAAUAUGAGAUUCGGUCACCGAUCGUGGAGACGGCGUGUGUGGAAUGUCCACGCGGUACUCUGCCAGACUCACGGCGCACGCGUUGCGUGCCGCUGGCCGCUAUGCACCUGCAACCGACGGCACCGCCCGCCAUCGCCGCUAUGACCUUCGCUGGCAUUGGUAUUUCGGCCACAAUGUUUGUGAUCGGAGUGUGGUUCGUCCAUGGUGACACGCCAGUGGUGCGUGCCAGCGGUCGUGAGCUGUCAUUCGUGCUGUUGGCAGGUAUCCUCACAUGCUAUCUGCUCACGUUUGGGCUCGUCCAACGCCCCACUGACGCACUCUGCGCCUUACAGAGGUUUGGCACAGGCUUUUGCUUUACGGUGGUGUACGCGGCGCUCCUCACAAAAACGAACCGUAUCGCCCGCAUUUUCGCAGCAAGCAAGCGCUCGGCUCGACGGCCGUCGCUCAUCUCACCGAAGUCACAACUAGUGAUAUGCUCCAUUCUGGUUUCCAUUCAGGUGGUGAUAAUGGCAGUGUGGCAAGUGGUGUCACCCGCGCGCGCCGUGCGGCACUUCCCGUCACGCGAACAGCAGCUGUUGGUGUGCGAUUCGCACGUGGGCGCCUCCAUCGCCAUCGCCUUCUCGUACCCUAGUGCCCUCGUACUCGUCUGCACCGUCUACGCUGUGCUCACGAGAAAGAUCCCCGAGGCUUUCAACGAGAGCAAACAUAUAGGCUUCACGAUGUACACGACGUGCGUGAUUUGGCUGGCAUUUGUGCCGCUGUACUUCGGCACGGCGUCACAUGUGCCGCUGCGCGUCACCAGCAUGGCCGUGACCAUCUCGCUGAGCGCCACCGUUACGCUCGUCUGCCUCUUCUCGCCGAAGCUGUACAUAAUCCUGAUGCGGCCGGAGCGCAACGUGCGCGGGAGUCUGAUGCCCCCGCGCUGGCGCUCGGCGCGCGGCGGCGGCGCGGCGGGCGCCGCUUCGCGACGGAGGCAGCCCGUUUCGCCAGCCGCCGAGCCGGCCGACGGAGCCGACGCGGGCUUCAGGCUUCGUGCUUGCAGGCCGCGGCGGCCGCUGAUGCGCGCGCCGGGCGCGGGCCGCGGGCGCGGGCGCCGCGUGCGCGACGGCGACAUCCAGACGCUGGUGCAGGCCGUGGCCGCCAGCGAGGCCGCCGACGCGGCCAGCGCCGUGCCCAGUCUGCGCGACGUGCCGGGGGUACGGCCGCUUUGGACUCCAUUUCGUGUAGGGUCGGGCCUUCUGCCGCCGUUCGGAGCAGUACGGUCUGUAGUACGGGGACCGGCAACCCUCCCGGGUUACCGGUCCGCGUUACUAGUGGCAUUGAGGCCGUGCGUGUCUGCCGCAGCCGUCGCGCUCGCCGAGCCGCGCGGCCACGCCCUCGCCGCGCCCGCCCGACGCCGCGCCGAAGCGCCCGACCAAGCUGUCACCACUGGUUUGUUCCCACUGGCGACAAAUGGGGAAAAAAUCCCAUGUGUUACCAGGUGCCCGUACCCCGCUGUACCCUGGCCUUGUAGUCUCUUUGGAAAACCCUGUUUCUCGGAGUCGGUAGAUAGGGCUUCAACGACCGACAGGCAACAUUUUGUAACGAGCAGAAGUAAGUGUACAGGUUUUGGCUGUGAGUUGACGUCGUCCUGUUGGCAGUCGCUGGCGCCGACGCCCGCGCCGCCGCCGUCGCGCAAGUCGCGCUGCUCCCCGCGCAGCCCGCGCAGCGCCCGGCCCAAGCCCAGAAAAAAUGCAGCGCCAAGUUCACCCGUCGUAGCGGCUACGUUGAAUAUCGACUUGAACCAACUUGAGAACCAACAGAAGACAGAAGACGGCGUGAAACCUGUGUCAGAGCGAGAAGGUGAGAGUCAAGCGGAGGGCGGCGACCACGUCCAGCCGGUGAGCCGCAAGCCGUCGCCGCACGGCCGCCACGACAAAAACCCGCAACAGUCGUCAACAGCAGCCGCCCCUGCUGCUGAGUAUGAAGUGACAAAACUGCUGCGAAAGCUUUGCGGCGGCGAUGUUGGUGCGAAAACCGAACGCUAUUCGGGUCCAAAAAAUGCUCAGCUGCUGUACGUCAACAGUCAAAGCAGUCCACGUCAACCCAGCACGCCGCAGCUGCUGCGGAUCUUAGAAGAAACUAUCCAGAAAAAAGUCCCCAAGACAACAAAACCCAAGUCAAAGACUAAGGACUCUGAGAGACUCCGGCUCACGUUCAACAUUCCGGAAAAAACUGCAGACAAUUUGUUCCAAUACAGGACUAAAUUCGUGCAGCAUAUGUUGACGAGCUCGCUGUAUGCCAACAGCACUGUCGGGAAGCCUUGGGAGAUAAUUGGCAGUGUAUCAGAACAAAUAAUCGACGAUUUGUUGGUAAAGUGUAUCAAAGGAAUGGAGAUUGAAGAAUAUAUCAAAGUGCUUUACAACAAGGAGACGCAAGUAAAAGCGUGAUGUUUGAAUCGACGUUUCCUCGUUCGCGAUGUGUGUGUUGCAUUCGGUGAUUUUGUUAUUAAACUGUUUAUUUAUUAAAUUUAACUUU